CGUCAGCCAGUUAAAACAUUUAAUUGAAAAGAAAUCGACAACACGGAAGUGUCAAGAUGGCUCCAAGCGGAUUGAAGGCUGUAGUCGGAGAGAAAAUCCUGAAUGGUGUUAUCAAAAGUGUGAAGAAGGAUGGAGAAUGGAAGGUGCUCAUUGUGGACCACAUCAGCAUGCGAAUCCUGUCCUCCUGCUGCAAGAUGUCAGAUAUCAUGGCAGAGGGGGUGACUAUUGUGGAGGACAUCAACAAGCGCAGGGAACCCAUCUCCAGCCUGGAGGCCAUUUAUCUGAUCUCUCCUUCAGAGAAGUCGGUUCGUGCUCUCAUCAAUGACUUCAAAGAGAUUGCUUUCACCUACAAAGCGGCGCACAUCUUCUUCACAGACAACUGCCCAGAUGCUCUUUUUGCUGAGAUUGGGAGGUCCAGAGUUGCCAAAGUCAUCAAGACUCUGAAGGAGAUCAAUGUGGCUUUCCUGCCAUACGAGUCCCAGGUAUUUUCCUUGGACGAUCCCAGCUCCCUGCACUCAUUCUACAGUCCAGUUGGAGAGGGGAAUAAAGACAGAAUGAUGGAGACUCUGGCAGAGCAGAUCGCCACCCUCUGUGACACCCUGAAGGAGUACCCUGCCAUCCGCUACCGCAGCGGUCCUGAGGAGAAUGCCAGGCUGGCUGAGGAGGUGUAUCAGCGUCUGAACGCCCAUAAAGCAGACAACCCCAGCAUGGGAGAGGGUCCUGACAAGGCCAGGUCACAGCUGUUGAUUGUGGACCGUGGCUUUGACCCCAUCUCUCCCAUUCUGCACGAGCUGACUUUCCAGGCCAUGGUCUAUGACCUUCUGGACAUCAAACAGGACAUCUACAAAUAUCAGACCACUGGGAUCGGGGACUCGAAGGAGAAGGAGGUUCUCCUGGACGAGGACGAUGAUCUGUGGGUCCAGCUGAGACACAUGCACAUAGCUGACGUCACCAAGAAAGUGACAGAGCUGCUGCGUGUGUUCUGUGAGAGCAAGAGGAUGUCCACUGAUAAGGCCAAUAUCAAAGACCUGUCUCAGAUGCUAAAGAAGAUGCCACAGUACCAGAAGGAACUCAGCUUGUACUCCACUCACCUGCACCUGGCUGAGGCCUGCAUGAAGAAAUUCAAAGCCUCAGUGGACAAGCUGUGUGAGGUGGAACAGGACCUGGCCAUGGGGACUGAUGUAGAUGGGGAACCCCUGAAGGAUGCCAUGAAGAGCAUCGUCCCGGUACUCCUCAACACCGACAUUGACCCCUACGACAAGAUCCGCAUCAUACUGCUCUAUGUCUUCCACAAGAAGAAGGGCAUUGGAGAGGAGAACCUGACCAAGUUAAUCCAGCAUGCCAACGUGCAGGCAAACAGCAACAUCAUCACCAACCUACAGCACCUGGGCUGCCCCGUCAUCGCUGGGGCUCUCAAUGCAGGGAAAACGCUGCCUGAGAAGAAAGAGCGCAAGGAGAGUACGUACCAGCUCUCCCGAUGGACACCCACCAUCAAAGACGUGAUGGAGAAUGCCAUAGAGGACAAGCUGGACAAGAAGCAGUGGCCAUUCAUCUCUGAGCCUGCCCCCAUCAACACCAUGCAGACGACUGUCAGCAGUGCUCGGUUCGGACAGUGGCACAAGAACAAGUCUCCAACGGAGUAUCGUUCCGGCCCUCGGCUCAUCAUCUUCAUGAUCGGAGGCGUGUCCCACUCUGAGAUGCGUUCCGCCUACGAGGUCACUCGAGCUACCGACGGAAAAUGGGAGGUCCUGAUUGGUUCGUCUCACAUUGUCACUCCCACCAGCUUCCUAAAUGACCUGAAGAAGCUGGAUCUGGUUUAAACUCCUGAAAACUAGAUACAACCCUCCCUUCUCUCCUCAGGCCUGGUAGGGAGAUGGUCUGAGUCUGCUGGGAGAAUGUCUCUGAACACAAACCUGGAUUCAAAUUGCUCUUGUUUUGAGGGUUUUGAUUUAAGCCUGCCGGGAGUGCCAGAUCAGUGAUGUUUUGACUUUUUAGGACUAUUCCAGUGGUCCUAUUGGAUUAGACAAGUUCAAUUAAGCACAGUUAAAAAAUAAAACCAAUACUAUUUGAACCCAGGUCUGCUGUUAACGGAGGGGUUCAUCAUGAGAUGCUUGAGUACUCGUCUGUUGUAGGGUUUGAGAUGACUAAAACAAAGUGCCUUUAAAAAAAAAGAUGUAGUCAUUAAAGGACAGUAUCUUAUGAUUCUCAAUAUUUUAUUGAAUUUUCUUAUUUGAAUUAUGCUUGAAUUAAAACAAAUUAUGUACAUACAUAUUAAUGUAAUACUGUGAUGGACAUUUUUUUGCUCUGAAUAUUUAAUUAAAACAGUCUUUAUAUUAUGAAGAUUAUUUGAAUCUGUCUCUUCUACUGUAAUCGGGUUACAAAUAUGGGCUGCAUAUCAACACUCUAAAGUGGCUUCCUCUCCUUUUGUCCUCACUGCUGAUGAAUGAAAUGGUAUAAAGAGCAGUGGCCUCUUUAGACUAUUGAGAUGUAACCUGUGUUGGGACCAUUAAAUACUUGUGUGCCUUUCCUGAGUUACAUUUGUUUUAAUCUGUCUAAAUGUCUUUACUACUGUAGUGUCUUUCUCUGAAAUCAUGCACUUUCAUAAUAAUAUAGUUUUUUUUAUAAAGGAAGGGAUGAUGUGUGGUUGUUAGGGCCUUUGAUGUCUUUGUAUUUUAGUCCAAAUUAUGAAUAAACCAAAUGCAUUUU